GCGCUGAGCAGCAGCUAGAGGAAGUUCCAGACGUCAGUGGAACAUGGCGAUGAGCUGGAGAGCUGUCAGCCGUACACACAGCAAAACAAACGCCGCCAGGGCCACGGUGCUUCUCUGAAAGCCAGCGACAGGUUUACCUCUGACUGCUGAAGCUUCCCGGAGCACAUUCAUCCUCAUUUCAUCUUUUUCUGUGCUACUUCUGGGACUCAACGUCCGCCGAAAGGAAAGGGGCGGUCGAGCGGAGUUGACAGCUAACGUCGCGGGCUCAGCUAACGUUUACCUGGACGCUCUGACCACAGAGCUUCCCCUGCUAACUAACGCUUAGGGAGCUAGCUGUCGAUCCCAUCAAGCGCUCAGAUAUUUGGAUUAACUCCAUGUGCACUCGGGCGCUAUUAGCCAGUCGAUAAUAACACAGCAUGAUCCAGUGAACUGUUGCUCCAUUUUUGCCUGUCACUAAUGUCAAGGUAGUCGGUUUUAAUCUAACGUGUCAGUGUCAUUUGCCACGGUCUUGUCGCUUGUUUCAAGCUUUAGCCAAAUAGAAAAUGUCAGACAACCAGAGCUGGAACUCCUCCGGGUCUGAGGAGGACUUGGAACCGAGAGAGGAGCCUGGACAUCCCGUUGGAAUCGCCGAGUUCAGUGGAGUCCUCAGCAAGUGGACAAACUACAUCCAUGGCUGGCAGGACCGUUGGGUUGUGCUGAAAAACAACACACUGAGCUACUACAAGUCUCAGGAUGAGACAGAGUACGGCUGCCGGGGUUCCCUCUGCCUUAGCAAAGCCGUUAUUACUCCUCAUGAAUUUGACGAGUGCCGCUUGGACAUCAGUGUGAAUGACAGCGUGUGGUACCUCAGAGCUCAAGACCCGGAGCACAGACACCAGUGGAUCGACUCCAUUGAGGUGCACAGGAGUAUCAGAGAAGGCAGGAGAGACAAGGGAGGAGUCCAGGGAACAAUAAUCAUCCCUCCACCACUGGCUGAUUCUGGAUAUGGCUCCGAGUCCAGUCUGCGGAGACACGGCUCCAUGCUGUCUCUCACUUCAGCCACCAGCGGCUACUCUGCCACCUCCACAUCAUCCUUCAAGAAGGGCCACAGCCUGAGAGAGAAGCUGGCAGAGAUGGAGACAUUCAGAGAUAUCUUGUGCAGGCAGGUGGACACACUUCAGAAAUACUUCGAUAGCUGUGCAGAUGCCGUGUCCAAGGAUGAGCUGCAGAGAGACAAAAUCGUGGAAGAUGAUGAAGAUGACUUUCCAAACACCAGGACAGAUGGAGAGUUUCUGCACAAUAACAAUGGCAGUAAAGAAAAAUUGUUCCAGUCCUUGAGUCCCAAGGGAAUCAAUGGCAUAGACUUCAAGGGUGAGGCCAUCACAUUCAAGGCAACCACAGCUGGGAUCUUAGCCACUCUGUCACACUGUAUUGACCUCAUGGUGAAGAGAGAAGACAGCUGGCAGAAGAGACUGGAUAAGGAGAUGGAGAAGAGGCGAAGAAUAGAGGAGGGCUAUAAAUCAGCCCUCAAUGAGUUGAAGAAAAAGUCUCACUUUGGCGGUCCAGAUUAUGAGGAAGGUCCAAACAGCCUCAUCAAUGAGGAUGAAUUUUUUGAUGCAGUUGAAGCUGCUCUUGACAGACAGGACAAAAUAGAAGAACAGUGUCAAACAGAGAAGACGAGGAUACAGAGGUCCAGCCCCGUUCCCCCUGGAGACGUCUAUUCCAGCACCGGCACACACAGAUUCUCUGACAAGCCUCAUAGUCAGUCCUCCCCUGCUCUGAUAGUCAGGGCCCCUCCUCAUGACGUCCACAGAUUCAGCGCAGAGGUGGAGGAGAUGGUGCAGAGUCACAUGACCUACUCUCUGCAGGAUGUCGGCGGGGAUGCCAACUGGCAGCUGGUUGUGGAGGAGGGAGAAAUGAAGGUGUACAGAAGAGAGGUGGAAGAAAAUGGGAUUGUGUUGGACCCUCUGAAGGCCACUCAUUCAGUAAAAGGAGUGACUGGUCACGAGGUCUGCCACUACUUUUGGGACACCACCUACCGCAACGACUGGGAGACCACGAUUGAAAACUUCAACGUUGUGGAGACACUGUCAGACAACGCUGCAAUUGUGUAUCAAACACACAAGCGGGUGUGGCCUGCAUCUCAGAGAGACGUUCUGUACCUUUCUGCUAUGAGGAAGAUCUUGGCCAACAAUGAGAAUGACCCAGACACCUGGCUGGUUUGUAAUUUUUCUGUGGAUCACGAGGAUGCGCAGCCAACCAACAAGUGUGUCCGUGCCAAAAUCAACAUCGCCAUGAUCUGUCAGACCCUGGUCAGCCCACCAGAGGGAGAUAAAGAGAUCAGCAGAGACAACAUCCUGUGUAAAAUCACCUACGUCGCCAAUGUGAAUCCUGGAGGCUGGGCUCCGGCCUCAGUGCUCAGGGCUGUGGCGAAGAGGGAGUACCCCAAAUUCCUCAAGCGCUUCACCUCCUACGUGCAGGAGAAGACUGCCAGCAAGCCCAUCUUGUUCUGAGACUGACCGUGUUGAGACAUGAAGACGGAGCUGCAUCUGAAGCUGAGGAUCUGCCAUCUGCAAGAUGAAGAAACUCCUUCCUCACAGUGAUUUUCCCCCUCCCAGUUCUGAGCCACAGUUCAUCCCGGUGUAAGAGGAAGAGUGAAAAUGGCUGCUGGUUGCUGCAUUCAGAAUCAGCCUGACACCAAAUCUUGACCUGUGAGAUGCACUACCGUUCAAAGUUUGGGGUCACUUCGAAAUGUCCUUAUUUUUGACAGAAAAGCUUUUUUUUUUUCAAUGAAGAUAAUAUUAAAUAAAUAGAAAUACAGUUGAGACAUUGUUAAUGUGGUAAAUGACUAAUGCUACGUUGUGUUAGCUAAUGGUGUUGAAAGGCUAAUUGUGGAGUUAUGCUAGCACAUGAAUAAAAGUCUGACUUUUCAUGGAAAACGUGACAUUGUCUGCGUGACCCCAAACUUUUGAACAGUAGUGUAUAUUCUUAUGCAAACACAUGUGGGUGAGCCUGUUACUGCUCUUCCGGCUGCAGCAGCAGCUCCUGAAGCCACAUCUUUCAUGCUCACAUAGGAGGACAGUUUAGGACAAAUGUGUUAAUAUAUAAAUGUAUGUACGUUCUGUAAGAAGUUUGUAAAAAAAAACCAAACAAAAAUCUCACUCAAUAGACUGAAAUAUUUAGCUCCUAUUUUGUGUUGAUUUUUCCAAUAUUCAUAAAUAGUACCGUUUUCAGCUUUCUUUGAAGCUGCUCACUGUUUCCCAGCUUGUAAAACAACAUAAAUGAUUAGUUAGUAGUAAGUCCAGAGGGCUGUCAUUAACCAAUGACCCCGAUGAUGUGAGACUUCACCGUUUUGUCUCUCUCAUGAAAACACCUCUCACCGGUGCUGAAGGAGAGGCCAAACAUCGUCACUUAUGUCUUGUUCAUGUACAAUAUUUGCUCGGCUUCAUGUUUUUACUGUCAUCGCACAUGUUUUGAAUGAACUGUAAAUAGUGUCACUAACAUUUUCGCUGAAGGUCUGCAAAGCUUUUUUUGUGACUUGAGCCCAAAUGCCUUAGUGUUACCUGAAACUCUAGAUUGAGAUGGGACAGGGUGCUGGUAGAGCGCCUUGGAAAUCACUAGUGAAGUGCCUCGCGGCUACGAUCCCCUUAUCAGUGUCUUUCAGAGUCUAUUUACGUCGUGUCUGACAGCAUAGUUACUGAAUGAAUGCGACAUGCUGCUUGCAGGAUAUUUUUUAGUAUUAUGAAGAUGUCGGAUUCAUUUCGCCGUCAGCCGCUGACACCUCAACGCUUCCGUCAGUAUUUCUGGGAUUUGUUACAUGUGCAGUUAAACAUCUCUGUUAAUCUUUGCAUCAUGCAUUUCCUGUCUGAAAAUGUUGAUAAAACAUGUGCAGGACUGUUAGUAAGGCUCUACUCUUGCUGAUUUAUGUUUUUUUAUUGGAGUAUUGUGCUUUCAAUUCCUUAUUAGAUGUUUGUUUUCCAGUAAACGCAGACUAAAACGGAUCCAAGCACACAGAAAUAUGGUUUUCAUUUUGUUACGCAGACAGCAUCAGAAUACAUUUUCGGUCGCAUUUUCACCUGCUGACAGCACAAAAUGUUACCCUGGGGUCACGCCGGUGAUUUGUAGCCAUUUUAUCAGUCUUCACUCUUCCGCCUUUGAUUUUAGAGCUGGCAGAUGUGGGUGAAGUGAAGCCAUAUGAUGCUCCAGGCUGAAGCUCUCUCGCCUAAAGCUAACAGUUCUCAUACAGUUGUUGGCAUGUUGUUAAAGCUGAAUGUAAUUAGAAUCCUUUUCUUUUUCUUUUUUGUAAAUAAUUUGUUCAUACUAACGCUGUGGGAUCAACUUAUAAAUGUACUGUGACAACAAUAUGGCACUUGUUCUGCCCUGUUUAAAAAGUGAAAUAAAUAAGUUUAUCCUCCA